AUGAGUUCAUGCGAGGUAAAUAUAAUUUUUAAACGAUAUUUCCUACACCUAAUAUUAUUUCGAGAUACUAUGUGCAUAAGUAAACACAAUAAAUUAUCGAGUGUCGUAAAUUGCGAAUAUAUUUCAUACGUAGGAUUUCGAAAAAGAAAAGGAAGAAUUUAUGAGCUACUUGGAUCAAUAUGGUGUUAUGGACAAAUUAACCGACACGCUGAUAAUGCUGUACAACGAAACAGAAUCACCUCUCGAUCCUAUUGAGUAAGUGCACAAAUUUGUCACGCCUUAGCUAAAAACCGCGGAAAUUCCAACCCGUGGGGUAAUCCGUCACCUACUUAAAAAAAAUUCCAAAUUUUCAACAGUUUUUUUAAAAAAAAUUUAAACUGAUAACAAAUAUCGACUACUAAUACUACUCCGCUCAGUAUCGUUUUUUGGCUGUAAUGAUUUAUCGUUGCUUUCAGUAUAAUAUACAUUAAACUUAUAACCUAUACUCCCUAUAAGUUAUAACCCGUACUUAACUUUCAAACUUCGGAAAGAUAGGACUGAAUAUUUGUUCAAUGUCCAUGGCUUCCCGCUUUUGAAAUACCUCGCACCAAUAAAUUCCCAAACAGAACAUUUUUUUUUGGUUUUGUUUUGAUUAAAGACCAUAUUUUUAGCCACCUGGUAUUUUAGGGAAGUCGUUUUUUGAUUUUCCAAGCGAUUUUCAUAAUAUGGAAAAACCGGGAUAAAAUGUCGAAAAAACGGUAAAAUUUACGAAAAUCAUGUAUUUUAUUUUCAGUUAAAAAUAUCCGAAGUGACUUAAAAUUUGGACAGAAAACUCAUAUUUGCUUUUUCUAAAUGUGAUAAAACUGUGUACAAAUUUUGAGCAUUUUCGAGCAUUUAUAUCGGCAUUUUUAUUUUUACUUGGUAGGUACUCUGUGGAUAAAGUUGUUAACAAAAAAAAAAAAUUGAGUUUAGUGUAGUAUUUUUUAUAUAUAUAUAUAUAAGAAUUUUAAUAUCGUUUUAGUGAAAAACUAUAUGAAACAAAUCUAGUAGUGAGUCUAGCCCAUGCAAAUUGUUUUAAUACAUAUUUAUUUACUAUUUUAUUACAUUAUUACAUAUAUAUUGUUGAAAAAGCAAUAAUAUUAACAGAGUUCCACUCAGAAUCGUUUUUCGUUUGAAAUGAUUAUUUUUUGCUUACAGAUAUACAUUAAAUUCUCCUCUAUAUCCUACCUUCCCAAUUUCGCAUUUUCAACAGUGGUCCACCCGUUGUGCGAAGUAUGUCCGUCUUUAAAAAUAAAUUCGCAAUUUUAUACAGUUUCAUGUAAUAUCAACCAGUUUUAUCUUUUAUUCUAAAUAUUUAAAUGUUUUUCAUAAUUUAUCAAACUUGAACCUAAUAGAUGGGAUAUAUUUGCGCUCACGGUUAUAAUUUUUUUUUUUUUUUUUAAUAAGGUUUUAUAGACAAUUCAAAACAUUGGAACCUAUAUAAUGCAUUGUAGGAUUAACUUAAAUUUUAAAAUAUCUGAGACUUUAAAAAAAAAAAAAAAAAAAAAACAUUACAAAUUUCAUUUUAAUUUCGGAACAUAGCAAAAGAUCUAUUGGUUUUACUAUAAUGUAAGUGUAUUUAUUUAUUUAUUUUUAUUUUUCUGUCUGUGAACAAUACUUUUCUAUCGGAAAAUUUUCUCCGAAGUAUAGACUAAAAAACUUUUUCUGAAAGGUAAUUUUCUCUCGUUGGUGCAUUGUGGUAGUUUUUUCAUUUUCCAAGGGGUUUUACGAAAUAAUUGUGAAAAACCGAAACAAAAUUUUAGGGAAAACGGCCAAUAUUUACUGUGCGCCGCGGCGUUAACAUUUUAAUUGUUUUUAUUGUGGUUAUACUUAGUUUUAUACCAGAAAUAUUACUUUAAUCCGAAAUUGACAAGAGAUAAAUUUUGUUCCUUUUAAUACAUAGCCACUGAAACAGAAAAUCGUUUUUUGGUAUCCAAGGUGUUUUUCAAAAUAAUUAGGAAAAUUUACUUUAAUGUAGUUUUUUUUUUUAUACGUAAGUUUUAAAAUCUAAUUUUGAUAAAAAUCGUAAAAAUUACGACCUUUUAAAACAUAAAUAACUGAACUUCACUCCGAAUCGUUUUGCGGUAUCAAUGGCUUAUCGUUGGUUACAGGUAUAAAUUAUGUAUCUCAUAAUAUACCUCAUAUCUCAUGUCUCAUAAUUGAAUUUUCUAAAUUUCAAAUUUGCUAUUUAUCGAUUUCUUUUUAACGUAGUAUUUAUAGAUUUUUAGGAUAUUUUUAUAGAUAUUGCAUCCCGGGCAUUGGCACCGCAUGCCUCUUCUCCCUUUCCUAUGGCCCUGGCUGUUGGUGUAUAUCCAAGUUAGAUAAAGUUUAAUGCUGGAUAAGUAAAACGGACGUACACGUCGUUGAGAUUAAAGUAUACAUCGCACGGUGCACUCUAAUAUAGUUAAAUCACUUUAAUCUCAUAAUUUUCCGUCAUCCUUGUGUGCGAAAUUUCUCUCGGCGUAUUUCACGUUCGGAAUUAGUGGCCUGUAAGUAAUAUGAUUAUAAUAUACACGGAGCAUAAAUUAAAAUCGAUAUAAUACACUUAGUGAGAACUACGGGAGGGUGCAAAAGUGGGCGUGUCGACGAAAACGUGUAAAACGCGUAAACUAUAAUAAUACAACAAUUUGUAUACAUUUAUUUAAACGUUUUUUAUUGGCAGUAAAAUAAUAUUAUCUUCAAAUACAUGCCCAAAUCAUACAUUAAUAUUGAAUAUUAUAAAAUUCAAAAGAAAUAAAUCCAGUCAUAUUUCGCACCAAUCAAGUAAGCCACUGUUGUAGGCGGGUAGCUUAAGAGGUACACGGUAAUUUAGUUUAUGUGCAAGGAUUAAUCAUUGCAAACGAAAAAACAAUUCUGAACGGAGUAUAGUAUUAGCAGUUUAUUCCCUAUUAUUGUUACCAAGGUAUAAGUAACCCAGAAAUCGACAAUAAUUAAAAAUAAAUUUAAUAAAAUGAUGUGCAGACUGUGAAAAAUGUUGAUAAAUGUUUCAAAUAAAUUACCAAAAACCGGGUAUUUUGAAUCGUUUAACAUAUUAUACGGCAUGGUAAGAAGGAUAAUGUUGGAUACAAUUCUCUGUAAAUUGAAAAUUCGUAACUAAAAUUUCUCCGUUAAAAAAAUUGAAAACCGCACCGAAUAGAUGAUAUGUUUAAGGAGUAAAAAGUGGGAAAAGAAAUUACAUGAAUCGUUAUAAAUUGUUAAGUAUACAACAGUUUUUAUAGCUUCUCCCGUGUAAACUAUUGCAGGAAAACGGCUUACGGGGUAGCUAUUUUAAUGAUUGUUACUAAAAUAAUCUAACGUUGUUGUUAUUUUUUUUUUUUAAUAAUUUUACUAUCAAUAAAAUAUUUUAGUUUCGUGAGAAAGAACAUGUGCCUAGACAACGCGGACGUCAAAGGGAUCGCCGAAAUGAAAUCGAAGUUGGUGGACGCCAAGGCUGAGUUGAAUCGUCUCUUGAACGUGCGAAACGAAUUUAAGAACCAUCUGUCCCGGUUGGAGGGCAAAGGGUGUUCGUCGGACGAGGAUUGCGGCGGCGUAGAAACGGACGACGACUUUGGCAUGGAUCAGUUGACGGCUACGGCCACGGAUCCCAAACCGGAAUCACGCUAA